CCUCUUAAAUCACAUGGCACAACAGCUUAGGAAGAGCUGCCUGCCGGGCCUCCCAAGAGGGGUUCGAGCCCUAUAAGGUCAGAAAGGUCACAUAUUUCAGCCCCCUGUUUCUUAUGGAAAACAGCCAACCACCAAAUCAACUGGCCGGGAUGGAGACUCCGAAGAUGGAGUUUCUUUGCUGUAGCUUGUCACUGAGCCCUAUUCAGGCCAGAGGUUAAAAGAGAAUUUAAUUCUCUCUCUCUCCCUGCUCUCUGCGUCAGUGGUGCUUGGACUGGGGCCAGCAUCCCUCCCCCGCUCUCUCUGUCCCAUCCCCAAACUCAGGGGAAACGCUGAAAACUUUGCAACGAUCUGUAUGUCGAGGGAGGAGGAAGAUGAGAAGAGGCAGGGCUCUGGUCGCUGCUACUGUUGAUGUCAAGAUUCCUCUCUCCUACCUAGCACCAUACACAGCCUCAGCCAGCCUUUCCUGAAUUUGGAUCUCCUUCAUCCCCUCCACUCUCUCUCUCCUCCGCCCCUCCCUCUUCCUCUCCAACGAAGAACAUCUCCCAGGCCAAGGCAGACCAAAUAAUGGCUCUGCCAACUCUCUGACCACCACGUCCAGUCUGCAGGCCAGGCGGCCGAAGAAUCCCAGAGGGGAGCAGAGAGUGAGGAAGACCAGCAAUACCUGCAUCUUAAAUCCUGCCUUUCGGCUCUUGGGGAUUCAGCUGCCAUGGAAGCUCAAAGGAUCUGGCCAGGCUGAGCACCCAGGCUGCAUCUGUUCUGUCGCUGCAGAAUCUCCGAUCUAAUAGAGAAAACAGAAUACACAAGAGGUCUCUACAGGGUUUUUCCAUCCUCUCCACCUCUGCCCAUUUUCAGUUGAUUGGUGGACUAUGGUGACAGGGAGAUGUUGGCCAGGAAGAGUAUCAUCCCCGAAGAGUAUGUCCUUGCACGGAUCGCGGCCGAGAACCUGGGCAAGCCGCGCGUCAGGGACCGGCAACAGAAAGCCCGCUUCAUCGCCAAGAACGGGGCUUGCAACUUGGCUCACAAGAACAUCCGCGAGCAAGGGCGCUUCCUGCAGGACAUCUUCACCACCCUGGUGGACCUGAAGUGGCGCCACACACUGGUCAUCUUCACCAUGUCCUUCCUGUGCAGCUGGCUCUUCUUCGCCAUGAUGUGGUGGCUGGUGGCCUUUGCUCACGGGGACAUGGACAAGCCGUGCACAACCAGCGAGGACAUCGAUAGGUGGAAGCCCUGUGUCACUUGCGUCAGGUCUUUCACCUCCGCUUUCCUCUUCUCUAUUGAGGUCCAGGUGACCAUUGGCUUUGGAGGGAGGAUGAUGACUGAAGAAUGUCCCAUAGCGAUCACCGUACUGAUGCUCCAGAACAUUGUGGGCUUGAUCAUCAACGCCGUCAUGUUGGGUUGCAUCUUCAUGAAGACGGCGCAGGCACACCGGCGAGCCGAGACCUUGAUAUUCAGCCGGAACGCGGUCAUCGCCGUACGCAAUGGCAAACUCUGCUUCAUGUUUCGGGUUGGGGACCUGAGGAAAAGCAUGAUCAUCAGUGCCUCGGUGCGGAUCCAGGUGGUCAAGAAGACCACCACCCCUGAAGGAGAAGUCAUCCCGAUCCACCAGCUAGACGUCCCAGUAGACAAUCCCAUUGAGAGCAACAAUAUUUUCCUAGUGGCCCCUUUGAUUAUUUGCCACAUCAUUGACAAGCGGAGUCCUCUUUACGACAUCUCCGCCAAUGACUUGGCCAACCAAGACCUAGAGAUCAUUGUCAUACUUGAAGGUGUGGUGGAAACCACUGGAAUCACCACCCAAGCAAGAACGUCCUACAUAUCCGAAGAGAUCCUCUGGGGCCACCGCUUCGUGCCUAUCGUAGCGGAAGAAGAAGGGGCCUAUGCUGUUGACUACUCCAAGUUCGGCAACACGAGCAAAGUCGCAGCGCCGCGUUGCAGUGCCAAGGAGCUGGAUGAGAAGCCUUCCAUCCUCAUCCAGACCCUCCAGAAGAGCGAGCUGUCACACCAGAACUCCCUGAGGAAACGCAAUUCCAUGCGGAGGAAUAACUCCAUAAGGAGGAACAACUCCAUGAGGAGGAAUAAUUCGUCCUUUGUGGUGCCCAAGGUCCAGUUCAUGACACCGGAAGGAAACCAGAACUUGCUGGAGACAUGACAGGUCUCAAGCAAUCCCACACCCUAUUCUGUAAAAAAAAGACCUCUUAAGACAUUUGUGUUAACUCGGUGUAAAAAAUUAAUGGAGCUGGGAGCUAUUUAUUAUGUCCGAGCACCAGGUCGAACCAAACGAAGCAGGGGUAGGGGACGUGUUGCCCUCCAGAUGAUGUUGGACUACAGUUCCCAUCAUUCCUAACUUUUGGCCAUGCUAGCAGGGUCUGGUGGGAGCCCAGAGCCCCACAACACCUGGAGGGCCACAGGUCCCUCACCCCUGAAAUAGAGAGAAACAUUGUAAUUGUAGUGUAGUUGUCACUGACAUGGUCUACCAGAGCCAGGCCCACCUUCCAGCAUGUGUACCAUUUUAGACCGGAGAACUUUCCUCUAGACUAGCCUUCCUCAGCCCAGUGUCCUUCAGGUGUUGCAGGACUUCAACUCCCAUCAGCCUCAGUCAGCAUGGCCAAUGGGCAGGGGUGUUGGGAGUUGUAGUCCAACAACAUCUGGAGGGCACCUGGUUGGACAAGAUGGUUCCAUACAAAAAUACAAUGAAUCCCUUCAGGGUUUUUUAAGCUCUUCAGAGACUAAACUAGGCCAGUGUCAGGAGGGAGCCAGCAAUAAAUCACACAGAGUAAGUGAAGUUAACUCUUUAUUAGAAGAAACAGGAUCUGUUCAGGAGUGCCCCUAUGAGGCAG